AAGAAGCACAAAUUGUUCAAUUGCAAAAAGAUAUUUUUUUAAAAUGCUUAUCUUACUUCUGAUAUUUAUUUCUCUCUCAGUGAUUACUUCAGGAGAUGAAAGUGAUUUUUAUUACGGAAAAAGUUUCACUUGUAAAACUGGUGACGUCAUUGGAUAUUAUCAGGUGUGCAAUGGACAGAAAGAAUGCCGAGAUGGUAGUGACGAACUGAACUGUAAAGACAGAGUUUGCGAAAAAGAAGAAUUUAAAUGCUCUAAUGGACAAUGUGUUCAUAAGUUACUCGAGUGUGACGGUAAUUUGGACUGUGUUGACGAUUCUGACGAAAAGCACUGCAAUUGCAGCAAAAUCUUUAGCAAACCAUUCAUAUGCAAGAGUGGCCAAUGUGCAGAUAGCUCAUACGUGUGUGACGAAUAUCCCUUCUGUAAAGAUGGAAGCGACGAAGAAGAUUGUGACAAGAGAACGUGCCAAGAAGAUGAAUUCCGAUGUUCCAGUGGACAAUGUGUUGGAAAGUUUAACAGAUGUGAUGGAGCUUACAAUUGCAGGGACGGAAGUGAUGAAAAUGAUUGCGAUGACUUUUUUUACGGAAAAAGUUACACCUGUAAAAGUGGUGACAUCAUUGGAUAUCAUCAGGUGUGCAAUGGACAGAAAGAAUGUCAAGAUGGCAGUGACGAACUGAACUGUAAAGACAGAGUUUGCGAAAAAGAAGAAUUUAGAUGCUCUAAUGGACAAUGUGUUCACAAGUUAUUUGAGUGUGACGGUAAUUUGAACUGUGUUGACGAUUCUGACGAAAUGCAUUGCAAUUGCAGCAAAAUCUUUAACAAACCAUUCGCGUGCAAAAGUGGCCAAUGUGCAGAUAGGUCAUACGUGUGUGAUGGAUAUGCCUUUUGCAAGGAUGGAAGCGACGAGGUAGAAUGUGACAAGAGAACUUGCCACGAAGAUGAAUUCCGAUGUUCCAGUGGACAAUGCAUUGAAAAGUUUUAUAGAUGUGAUGGAAUUUACCAUUGCAGGGAUAGAAGUGAUGAAAUCAGUUGCUUUAUUGGCAGAGCUAUCCCCGAAGGACCUCUAGAUGUUAAAGUUAAAGAAAAGGAAGAUAUCAAGCUGACUUGCAUCUUUGUUCCAAGUGAGCCAUAUUAUGUGAAGUGGUACCACAAUGACAAGGAAAUACCUGACCAAUACAAAUCAAAUUCUUCAAAGAUUCACGCAACUGUUGAGAAUAUUAGUGCUUUCAAAUAUGUUUCAAAACUAUCCAUUAAAGAUGCAACGCCGAAUGACAAGGGAAAAUAUGCCUGUCAUUCCGAUAACUACGAACCAGCAACUUAUGAUGUGGACAUAAUUAAAGAUAUUGCUGCAAACGGAAAGAAAGAAAAGAGUUAAGCAAAAUUACUGACAAACCUGUUCGAUCCAACAGUCAGAUUAUGAACAGCGUACAACAAUGAACAGAAAACAUAACUAUUAAGAGAAAAAAUUUUAGAAAUAUUUUAAUUUCGUACUUUUUUAUAAACAUUGUGAAUGUUGCAGCAUAAUUAUGAUGCACGAUUU